AUGGCGGCGGCCGAGUGCGCGCCGCAGUUUCGCGAGUUCCAGUGGCUGCCGGAAACCGCCAAGGCGCUAAUCGCCGCUUCGCUCUCUCCUAAGGAUGCUGUCUCGCUCGCUCUCACCUGCAAGGACCUCCGCUGCAUAGCGCGCCCCUUCACGGCCCGCGAGUUUGCCUGCAAGGCAUGCGGCGCGCGCCUCUUCUCCCCGCGCGCCCUCAUUCCCUGCACCACCCGCCCCUCUCCGCCUCCCUCCGCGCCGCCUCUCUCCCCCGCGGGUUCCUCAUUUCGCAACAGCAGCCGCGCAUCCCCCAACGUCCUCCUGUUUCCGCCCGACGCCUCCACAGCGCCGCCAGCGGGCGCGCCGUCGGUGCCGCUGCUGCUGCUGCUGGACGACGGCGCGGCGGCGUGCGUGCAGGGUGGCGAGGUGGAGGAAGGGGGGGCGAUACGCGCGCUGCACUCCAACGUGCCCUUCAUCGCCGUGCCGCGCCUCUACUACUUUCUUCCCUCUCCUCCCCGCCCCAUUGCGUGUGCGCGCGCGGCAGCGUGGGGACGGGCGUGCGCGCAUCUGAUGGACGCGGCGACGCUGCACUGCGCGCGCUGCCUGCUCUUCCUCGGCAUCCAGGUCCGCACCGUCUUCCCCCGCCUCGCCGCCUCCCCCUCCCCUCCCGCCUCCGCCUCCCCCUCCCCCGCCCCCGCAUUCGCCGCGUCCCACACACCUCCUCCCGGCGCAUCCUCCCCCACCGCCGCGUCUCCCGCUCCCCCCCCCAGCGCCCCACCAUCUUCCCACACUGCUACUAGUGCCCCGCCCGCUCACGCUCAUGCCGCGGCCACGGAAGGCGCGGCAGCAGCAGCGGGGGGCGCGGGGCAGCAGCUGGGGCUGUAUGCAGCGGAGGCGAAGGCGUUCCUGGUGCGCAAGUACCUGGACCUGCUGCGCCCCGCCUCGUACCCGGGACUAGUGGGCGCAUCACCACCACCACCACUGCCAACGCCAGCACCAGAACCUUCAGCAGCAGCGGCAGUAGCGGCGGGGUUGGCGGAGGUUGCAGCGGCAGGGGGUGGAGGGCAGGGGCGUGUGCAGGUGUAUGCGGAUGGGCUGUCGGGCGAGGGGGAUGGCAGGCACGCUGUACUGUGCUCGGGGCGACGGGGGCAUGUGGGUGGGGGCAGUGGCGCGCAGGGCAAGGCGCCGUGCCUGAACGUGCUCUUCCACUCGCACCAGGUACUGUUUGACAUCACUCGAGAGGGCCGCACGGGUACCACAGGGCUGUGGGAUGGUGGGUUGGGUGGUGGCGGGCAGGUGCUGAGUGCGAGGCACUGCUGGGAUGCGGGCAGUGGCACGGAGGUGGCGGUGUACUGCAAUGCACUGCACCCGGGCGCCUUCCUGCUUGCCCCACCGCGCACCGAGGAGCUCGCGCAGGGCGCCAUGCAGGUCGCUGACGUGGCGUGCGCCAGGUGUCACGCGCCGAUUGGGUGGAAGUUCUGCUCGCUUGCGGGACAUGGCACGGAUCUGAGGAACUUGAACCAGUACUCUUGCUGCUUGCAGGUGGGCAGGUUCGGCAUUGUGCUGUCUUCCAUCCACCGAGGCAAGGAGUUCCUCCCAGCCUGGAGGGCUGCUUCGGUGUGGGAGGACUCUGAGGAGUAUGAGGAGGAAGAGGAGGAAGAAGAGGAUGAUGAGGAAGAUGAGGACGAGGAGGAAGAGGGGGAGGGGGAAGAUCUGUCUCUGUGUGCGGGCGCUGUCUCGCAUCUGCCGCUACCACACGGCGGAGUAGCACCUGCUGCAUGCGCCACUCACCCACACCAGCUGCAAGCAGCCUUGUGCAUGACUGGGUGCCAAUCCAAGCAGCUUCUUUGGAACCUGCGGAGGCCGCCCCACCCCGUGGUGCUGCAGUGGAUCGCGGAGGCUUGGGAUCAAGUCCCCAAGCAGAUCAUCAUCGACGCGUUCCGCCACUGUGGGAUCUCAAGCAAGCUGGACGGAACGGAGAACCACCUGGUGAUGUCUCACCUGCGCGCCAGGAGCACCACUGAUGUCUCCGCGGACAUGUCCCUCGGGGGGACCACAUGCGACAACACGCGCCUGCUCGGUCGGGCUCCAGAGGAGGAGGAGGAGGAGGAGGCGAUGCAGGCGGAGGGCGUGCGGGAGGUGGCAGUGGCAACCGGCCUGGAGGUGCUGUACCAGGAGACCCCCAACUACUGCGGGGCGGCGGCCGAGGCUGACCGCAUGAUCGAGCCUAGGGAGACGGCUAGGCAUGCCUGGCGAGUGCCAGACCUGGGUCUCGCCACCAUCGCGGGACACAGCUGCACCAGCAGCGUAGCUGGCCUUGCCCUGCUCAUCCUGCCCGCGUGUGUGGCCCACGUCACUGCACCAACGGAAAUGAACCUCCUCGAAGGUGGCAUCUCCUCUGUCUUCCAACCACCUUCAGCAGCCAUGGCCGCGGUCGCAGUCACCCUUCCCACGGUCGCGUCCUUCGCUACAGCUUCCGCUGGGAAGAAGGCGGUCCCUUGCAAGGCCGCUCAUGUGGCCGCUCUGCCCGUCUUCCGCUCUACAAGGAGCACUGCACAAAGGCGUGGCGCCGCUCUUAGAGUGACGUGCAGCAGCACCAAGCCGGAGGCGGAGGUGGCUGAGAGGGUGGAGAAUGCGGGCGAGCAGGAGGCGUUCCUGGCGUCAGGCUUCUUGGAAAAGGCGACGCUCAUGUCGGCUGCUGCCAUGACGCCGCUCCUGCUCAACGUGCAGCUCCACCGCUGUUCUAUUUCUCCUCGCCGCGCCCUCCUCACGGCCCUCGCUCUCCUAUCCCGCUUUUCGGAAGGUUCUCACCUGUUCUUUCUUUCCGAUUCCGUACGAGAUCCCUCCUUUAUAAAACCGACUCCAUACCGCGCACAUUGCCUCCUCCCCCACCCGCGAGAGCAGGACGCGAUGGCCGCCGGCGGCGAGUUCGGCCUGCUGGAGGGCCGGACGGCGGCGCUGGUGCACCCGUUCGUGAUGGGCGGGCUGUUCUUCACGACGCUGUACGCCUUCUACCUGGGCCGCCAGUGGAAGCAGGUCCGCGUCGUCGGCGAGAAGAUCCAGGACCUCAAGAAGCAGCUCCCCGCUGGCGAGGACGCUGCAGCGGCGUCGCCGGUGUCCGGCGAGAUCGCCACGCUCACCGCGCAACGCGCGGAGCUGGUGAAGGGCAACUACCGCGAGAAGCACUUCAACGUGGGGUCGUUGCUGCUGGGCUUCGGCGUGCUCAUCGCCGUGGAGGGCUGCGUCAACACCUGGUUCCGCACCGGCAAGCUCUUCCCCGGCCCCCACCUCUGGGCCGGCGCCACCAUCACGGUGCUGUGGGCACUGGCUGCGUCGCUGGUGCCGGCGAUGCAGAAGGGCAACCCAGUGGCGCGCAAGGCGCACGUGGCGCUCAACAUGCUCAACCUCGCGCUCUUCGUGUGGCAGAUCCCCACUGGCCUUGAGAUUGUCGGCAAGGUCUUCGAGUUCACCUCGUGGCCUUGA